UCAAGCUGUGAUUGAUUGUCCGUAACCAACCCCUAAACCGUAACCCCAGCAACAGAAAUGCGACCCCACCGUAACGUAUCGAUACGCCAGAAUUCCCGAUGACGACGGCAGCACCGCGACUCGGAUAAGAUAGACAUGGCCAGCCGCGCUGCUGUUCAAUUUGCGACCUGCAGGAAUGUUCUCUUGGUCUCUUGGUAAUUCGUUUCCUUAGACAGCAUAUUCUCUGUAUCCUUAAACCAUACUGCCAUGAUCAGACUUCUUCCGUCUCCAAUAAAUCCUACUACUAGUACUUACUAGUAGUUUCGCCCAAUUCUGCCCCGCGCCUUCGAAGCAAGGCGACGUGCUAGCAGGAGCACCCGCCUAGAACCUAAGCAUACCACCACCCGGUCAAUUCAAUAUUCCUAUUCUCGGUAUAGCAUAAGCUAGCAACGGGCAACGAGUCUACCACAAUGCUUCGCCGGCCCCCAACCGUCCUCUCCCUCACGCCCGAGGACAUAGCCGACUACGAAGACCGCGCGGCCGACCGCGCUCGCGCCGCCGAGCUCGAAGCCCGCCGUGACGCCCUUUCCGCCGUCCACGCCGCGAGAAGGGCGGCCGUCGCUGCCGCCACAACGCCCGUCACAAGCGGCGGGAAUCACCACCCUAAUGACGACGUUGGCAUGCGGGGCGGCUUCCCGGCGAUGGGGAGGAGGAGGAUGCCCAGCAGUCCCCCAGAGCACCAAUUCAGCGACGACGAUGAAGACGACGACGCUCUGCUCCAGCACGACGAAGAUGACGACGAGGAGGUGGAAGAAGCAGAGACGUCGUAUUAUGCGCGCGCCCAGGCGCAGGCCGCGAGGGUGGUCAGUUUCGGGCGGGGACCUCUGCCGGGCCAUUCACACCACCAUCAUCACCAAUAUGCCUCUUCAGAAGAAGGGGAGGAAGAAGAAGAAGAUGGUGACGAGGAUGACGACGGCAUGGACGUGGACACAUCACCCCAGCGCCACCCCCACCCCCGCCAGCGUUACCAACGCCAACACCACCACCAACACCAUCGCCCCGCCCCCGACCCCGUCCCAAUAACAGCAAACCCAACCCAGCCCCACACUCUAAUACCACCAGCAGCAGCAGCAGCAGCAUCAUCCGCAAUAGCAGAAACACCCACCAACAACCCGCGCGAGACACGGCAACCACCACCAGCGCCACACCACGGGCAGCAGCAGCAGCAGCGACGGCGGACAACACGCGAGAGGACAGCCGAGCGCGAGACGCGGCUGCGCGCCGGGGCCGGAACCCUGCAGCCACCACAGCGGGCAGUGUCGUCAUCGACUACUACUACUACCGGGGUGGGUGGUGGACAAGGAGGAGGAACGGCAAGGGGUACUAUUACUACUACUGCAGCGACGGCGGCGGCGGCGGUGACGCCCGAGGCGAGGGUACAGCGGAGUCGGGACGAGCGGAUCGGGGUCGCUGCGCCGCGGAGGGGGCGGUCGCAUCAGCUAUGAUUUUCUUUGCCCCCUCCAACAAGUCCAAGUCUUUGCUGCAAGGGGUGGGUGGAUGGGUGUCGUGGUUUGGGGGAUUACUAUACUCGGUUCAGGUGGGAAGUGAUGGGCGGGGGAGUGGGGAGAAGACUCUGUACGAGUUCAGUGAGUCUGCUUUAGCUGUAUGAUUAAAGAUGGGCAUCGCACUAGACGGGCAUUGUCUUAAGGUAUAGACUAGAUAUCAUGUCAGGAGAAGCAAGCAGGCAAGUGUUUGAGCGAGCAUACGCUGUAUCAUCAUGGCAAGAUCAUGGCUGGAAAGAGGUAAUCUGAGAGACACACGGAGGGAAUUAAUUAACUGUCCCCCGGGGGCAACGAAUACCAGCGUAUAUUAAUCCAGA